AUAAGGACACCGAACGAUUGACAUUUCGUUUUCCAAUAAUAUGAUUGUGAAGUUUUCGAUUAUAUUUUUAAUAUUUUUUAUUUUUCGACUCCAGGCGCAAGAAAUUAAAUUAUACGUUGGUGGAACCGAAUUUACAACAUCAAUAAAAACACUACUAAACACUGAAAGCGCGUUGAAAAACUACGUUGUACGAUAUGAAUUGAAGACAGAAAGAACGCCAGAAUUGAUUACAAUUGAUAGAUCUCCGAAACAUUUUGAUACAAUUCUCAACUUCCUGCGAGACGGUGACGUUCCACUCCCAGUAAACGAGCUAGUGUUGGCUGAGGUCAGACAAGAAGCAGAGUUCUUUCGAUUGAAUGGUUUGAUCCAAUUGUGCGAUGUGAAGUCUGCGACGGUAAAAAAAGUCACAAUAUCUGAUUGUGAGGCGAAAAAUGUGUUCAAGGACCAUUUUAAACCGGCAAUCAUCAACGACGAUCAAAAAAUGGUGGAGAUUUUGGCUAACAUAGAUAAAAAACCGGUGUUAAUCGUUUCCUUCUACAUUCCACGAAAUGGAUUGAUUCAUUUCCCGUCGGGAUUCACGUUCAAGACUUUUGUCGAGCUUUACCAGAACCGAUUGGAUGUUUAUUUCAAAGUCACACAUUAUGCAACUGAUGAUGAACAGCCGACAUCUAACUGGAGUUUUGGGAUUUACGGAAAACGGAAAGACUGUGAUAUCAUUCGUUCCGGACCUCUUCUUAAUUUUAUGGCGGAUCUUGAAGAGAAAAUUCAGCAGUAUUUUGCAAAAGAAGAAGAAGAGGAGAGAAAGCUGGAGAUCGUUAUUGAAUAAAAUUUUUUAACACAAAAAAUUUACACUUCACAUGCAUGAUU